AUGAGGGGCACUAAUCUGUCUGCUCUGCCCUUUGAGGUCUUGCAUGAUAUCCUGUGGCGCCUGGACCGAAACGACCUCAAGAGCAUGCGCCGAGUCAGUAGGUAUCAUGGUGGUGCAGCAACAACCAUUCUCUACAAUACCAUCCAUAUCAGCCCCAACGUGCGAAGUAUUGGCCGUGCUCUGAAGAUAGCUCUGAGACAAGAUCUGGCCGCUCAUGUGCGCAAUAUCGUCUACCAUGUUGGACUCAUCGAAGCGGUUUACACGAAAGAGGCUUUCAUCGCCGAAGUCACGAAAGUGACAUAUAACCUGCCACCUCAACAAGUUGAUUGGGACGCCCGUACGGAGAGGAUGUACCGAUGUUACCUAGACGAGACCGCCGCCCAAGAAAUUUUUGCCGAGCUGGAUGAACAUCAGGAAUUGUCGAGCUUGAUGAGCAACUUCAACCAUCUGACAUCAAUAGCGACGGUACGGGACGAAUACGAUCCUUUCUCUCCGCCUCAAGGCUACAUUGAGAGCCGAACAGGACUCCCGGCGGCCGGAUUCUACGAAGGAUCCGCGUUUGCGUCCCUUUUUGAAGCGACUGCCCAUUCUGAGCUGGCAAGCGUGCAUGGGGAUGCACUGUCCUGGGACAUCUUCCUCGGGCUGAAUGCUCAAUCAACGACACCGGUGAGAUUGGACCGUCUGCACGACCUGCACCUUGGGCUUUACAAUUCCGAAUUGCACCAUUACCAUGACCCUGUGGUCGUAUUGCCGGAGUUGCGUCGUUUCCUUCGACUAUGUGGCAACCUCGAGAUGCUCUCUCUAGAUCUCGACGAAUUCCCUUUGGCACGCACGGAACAGUUUCUCGAGUGUGUAUCCAGGGAAGCUCUUUACAAAUGCCACUUCCCCCGCCUGUCAUGCCUCAAACUCCGCGGUCUCAUCAGCUUUGAGGAGCGACUCAUGCGCUUCCUCGAAUCGCAUAGCAAGACACUGCGAGCCCUCGAGCUUGCUGACCUAAUGGUGGUACGACGCUCCACUGUGGACAAUGACGUCUCGGCUGUAAUGUCAACGUACACCCUCAACGACGACCGCGCCGAGCACCAAGCUUCGAUAGUAUCGGUGUUUCAAAAGAUUCACGACCUCUGCAAAUUAGACCGAGCCAAGGUCGCAGGAAAUUUCACAAACAGAUACGACGAGGCGUGGUACGUCACCGAAACCGUGCAGGAAGGCUUUGUAUCUCGCAUACAACGAUUCCUGUGCCGCCAGGGACCGUCGCCGUUCCCGCCGUGGCCGCGGUAUCAGCGCAUGCAGGAAGCUUCCACCGCGAACUCCCGAGUCACAGCGGAAGUUGGCGAUUCAUUCGAGCUCGAGCCAGCCGCAAUGCAGUUCUGUGAUGAAACUUGGGAGUGGUGUCCCGAGCUUCUGGUGUAA